GUACCGUGGUAGUGCUGUCCAGUUCAUGCGCUCCGGUAGCGGCUUGUGUGGUGCUGAAAGGACAGCUCCUAUCCGCGCUACAGGACCGCGGGGAGAAACUGCAGUGCAAACAGUAGAGUAAGCACUGACUGCACACGAUGUCUGUGCUUUAAGGCGAAAUUCAGGUGCCAGAGGUGCUUUUCAUGAGUGUUGCAUGUUUUUUUAAAGGCAUCGUUCGGAUACUUAAGAGGCGAUCGUGAUAAAAAAAAAAUACUCAGAUACUCUAGAAGAAGUUUGAAGGACGCGCACGGAAUUGCAAGUGCAAAUAUAAAGCUCAAUACAUUGAUGCCCAACAGUUGCUUGGUGCUGCAUCCUGGUGUGAGUUUACUAAGCUGUAAAAAGAGAGAGAAAAUAUUAUUUUAUUAUGCUGAACAGUCGCUUUUCCGCAGGGAAUUGCUGAACAGCUUUGUUAUACGAUAACGGUGGCGAGCGCAACUGCGGAGUACACGAGCUCAUCUGUAUCAGAAAAGUGUCUCCAGAGGCGCUAGGGUUCCUGUCGGCUGUUGGGGUUUUCAUCGUCCUGAUGAUUCUCCUUUUUUUAUACCUCAACAACAAACUGUGCUUUGAGAGUGUGGGGGAACUGUCAUGCCUAGACGAGUACAGGAAGAACAAGGAUUUACAAGAUAAGGACUAUCCAGAUGGAGACCUGCGCGGCUCUUCCUCGGAGAGCGAGGACGAAGUGAUGGGGAAGUACCAGGAGGCCAUGUCCCGCUCCCAGGCUGCCCGCGGAGCAGAGGCCCGGCACCCGAAGGGCUACGUCUGGGAGACCAGGCAGAAGUACAGCCCGCUGUCAGCGGAGUACGAUGGCUACAGCAGUGAGGCAUCCACAGAGGAGGUGAACUGCAUCCAGAGAAUGAGGCGCACGCCCCCGCUGGACGAGCUGCAGCCGCCCCCCUACCAGGACGAGGAUGGCUCUCCGCGCAUGUCCUGUACGCCCUCCGACCUGGGGGACGCCAAGUGUGAGCUGUCCCACUGCAGCGACAGCCCUCGCCACUCCUACAGCAAGUGCCCCAGCGAGGGCAGUGCCGGCCACGAGACGGAGAGCUACCUCAACAAGGGCUACGAGGAAGAUGUGCCCAGCGACAGCACCGCCGUGCUGAGCCCUGAGGACAUGUCUGCCCGUGGCUCAGCAGCACAGCUUCCGAAGCCCUACGAGCCCGAGCCCGUGGCGAAGUACGGCACUCUGGACGUGGUAUUUGACUACGACUCCGAGGAGCAGAGGCUGCUGGUCACGGUGACGGCCGUGACAGACAUCCCCGCGCUCAAGCGGACCGGGAACAUCUCUUGGCAGGUCCACCUGGUCCUGCUGCCCCAGAGGAAACAGAGGGCCAAGACUGGCAUCCAGAAAGGGCCCUGUCCCGUUUUCACAGAGACCUUCAAGUUCACCCGAAUCGAGUCGGAGAUGAUCGGGAACUACGCGGUACGCUUCCGGCUGUAUAGUGUGCGGCGCAUGAAGAGAGAAAAAGUGCUGGGGGAGAAGGUGUUCUACCUCACCAAGCUCAACCUGCAGGGCAAGAUGUCUGUUCCUGUCACACUGGAGCCCUGCUGCAGCCUCACACAGGGCUGCGACUCUCAAAUGAGCAUCUCCGAGAUGUCCUGCAGCGAGACUGCCUCGUCUUUCCAGUCCGCGGGCCAGGGCUCCAUGCCGGAGAUCUUGGUGGGACUCAUCUACAAUGCCACCACUGGGCGGCUCUCUGUGGAAGUCAUCAAGGGCAGCCACUUCAAGAACCUGGCAGCCAACAGACCACCCACUUCCCAACCCCUGUUGUCAGAUGGGCUGUUCUGUUGUCUAAAACACUUGAUAGGUGGACAGGUUUAUAUAAUCCGAGACACAUAUGUGAAACUGACCUUGUUGAACUCAAUGGGCCAGGAGAUGUCCAAGUGCAAGACCUCCAUCUGCAGGGGCCAACCUAACCCAAUCUACAAAGAGACUUUCAUUUUCCAAGUUGCACUUUUCCAGCUGUCGGACGUGACGCUCAUCCUCUCCGUCUACAACAAGAGGAGCAUGAAACGCAAAGAGAUGAUCGGCUGGAUCUCGCUGGGACUCAACAGCUCGGGGGAGGAGGAGCUCAGCCACUGGACCGAGAUGAAGGAAUCGAAAGGGCACCAGGUGUGUCGCUGGCACUCACUGCUGGAGUCCUAGGGAGCGGGGGCUGGGCUGGGUGGGGAGGUAGGUACAGGCCCCUAAGGGCCCAGGUGACGGGGGCUGAGGAGGUACAGCAGCACAGAAGACGGAGAAAGAAACGGAACAAACGAGCCACCUCUGGUUCACCCAGACCUGCAGGCAAAGUACCAUACAGAUGUCUGCCAGGCAUGGGAACUGCCACAGGAGCGAGGGCUCAUCAAAAGCCAAGUAAGCAACAAGCUUUCAGUCCACGAAAGCGAAUCACUGCACCCUUAGAGCAGAACCUUCUCGUUUUUAAACAGCCUCUCAAAGCUUAGCAGAGGCUAGAAUGCACAGGCUUGCAUUUUCAGAGCGUGCAUUCUGGCUCAAAGAAGAAUAAACCCAGUUUUUGAGAUAGCAAAGGGGCCGUUUCAUUUGUCCGUGACCUGGUGAGCCGGUUGAGACCGUGUUUCUUUCCCAAGCGUGGAGGGUAUGAAGGAAUGCACAGGGUGGCCUGUGCCCAGUUUCAUAUCUCAGCAGCAGCUAUUUAACCUGGUUGAAAAGCCACAGAACAUGCAAAGGUAGGCCACUUUCCAAGCAUGUGUGUUCAAGGCAAAAUUCACUCUGGCUCUGCAGUGGAGUCUCGACAAAGCCGUAAAAUGAUAAAAUGCUGUUUUUUACGUUUAUUUGAUUAUUUUUUAUUUUGGAGUCGUAGCUUGUAAGGGAUUUUGUAGCAACAAAGUGCGAUGAUUGUCAGAAGACAUUCAGCAGUACAAUCCACUAACCGUUAUUGUGAAUUUAUAUUACUCUGUCUCCCACUCUGAGGGGCGUCUGCUUUCCACCAGCUCGUUAUGUGUUGACAUGCAAGGAUCACCACACACAGCUCUAGCACACCACACUCACUGACCGCUCUUGCUCUUUUUUUAAAUCGUCACCUCAUUUUCCUUUUUCAGUUUUUUUUCCUUUUGGACUAACAGGUAUGGUUGAGUACCAUAACUGGCCCUGGUAUAUUUACAAAGGUGUGAGUACAGUGGUCAUUAUAACACACUUUGCUAAACGUUGUUUUUUUCAGAAGGUCCUUACUAAUGUCAGAUACUUAAAUGAUCCCUUUCAGAUGAAGAUUAUCUGAACUUUUAGCCCAGCAUUCAUCCAUCCAGUUUCAGAAGGCCUCUGAUCCAUGGUAAAAGCUGUGGCGAACUGGAUUCUGUCCUGAAAGCACAGGGGGCAAGGUGGUCCUCUGCAACACACACUCAUAGGGACAAUGCAGAGACAAAAAUUAAACCAGUGAGAAUGUCGUGGGACAGAGAGACGUAACUGUAACAUGCAAACUCAACACAGCAGGUGGCACAAUCCAGACCUGAGCGAUGAGACUCAGCAGAAAUAUUUGGCAUGACAUCGGCCUUUUGGAAUUUUCUAUGCCUUGGUAAAUUAAUUCCGGUGCUGGUCUAAAAGCAGAUACCUCAGAAAUCAAAAACACCUAAAUAGUAUUUAUAAUUAUCAACACAUUUGGAUAAUUGUACACAAUUUUGGAUAAGUGUACAAUUCUUGCACACAAGAACAUUGAACAUGAAAAUGAUCGCAAGCAAGAGGAAGCCAUUCAGUCCUUCUAGAUCGUUAGGUAGUUACUAGUUAAUUGUUCUGAAGAUCUAAUCCAGUAUACAGUAAGUGCUUGAAUAGUAGUGCUAUCUAGAGGUUUCUUUAGAGGUGUCCCCCCACAGUCAUGUUAAAAGCACCUUAGGCAAAGGAACAUCACCUAAGGGUCUUUGAAAGCAGUGUACAUUUUUGAUGUUCCUGAGAUGUUGGCACUCGGCAAUCUCUCCCUUGACUUUGCCCCAAAGUAGUUUUUGACUGAUGUUGCUAGAGAGGAUAAGAAAGAGAGGUUUUGCAGAUUCAGUGAGACUAAGGGAGCUGCAGUAUGUGGUCAGGUGCAGAUGUUUUUCACAUUACCAGCAGCUCAAGAGAUUUUGCUUUCUAGGUAGAUAACUAAUUCCUUUCAAAUGCUCCAGCACUUGCAUUCACUAAAUGGGGAAUAACAAAAUGAUAAAAUUGCCCGGUUAAUUAUCAAAUUGGUACCUUAUUAGCACCCUUUUGUAGUUAUAUGUGGAAAGCUAGAAGCAGUGAGGUAGAGAGGAUGCGUUGGCAGAAGCAAAAACACUCCAAGUCACCUGUCACUUUAUGUCUGGUGUAGGUAUUUCAUGGCAGGUGUAUUUUUCACUGUGGCGAUAAGGGAGUCUUUAGCUAUAAUGUCUGUGAUGUGUUUUUUUAAAUUAAGGACAAGAAAAGAAAACAUCCCUCCAGGUUGUCAAUUCAGCUUCCUAAGAAGGAUUCCCUCUACAGCUGGACUCAUAGUUAUAGAGGGUUUUCCUUAAGACUUAAGACUGCUUAAGACUGGCAGGUAUGUCCCCUGACAAUGCUCUGCACUUAAAGGAUUACUCAUGUAGACAAUAACACUUAAAUAACAAUAAAGGUUUAUCCUUAGCACAGUAUUGCUAAGAAAACCCCUAGUCCUGACAUCCACUAGUUGUAUUAUUCCAUACCAAACAAAAUUAAUCACUUCUCUGGAUGGGAAGCAUUCAACUCCCAUGUCUAUUUAAGGAGUCAAAAAAAAACACAAAAAUGCUGCCCUUCCAACUCAGCUUGCCAAAGGAACAAGCGUCAAGAACAGGAAAGUACAGUGCUCCCAUGCCCAGGAAUUCACAAUCCCCUGUGUAUCCAGACCCUGCCCAGAUCACUGCGCUCUGUGCUGCCGAAUGCUGCGGUGUCGUCACUGGCUCCUGAGCUCCUGAGCCUGGGAGUUAGGGCCACUCCGAGAGCUACAGUACAAGACAACCUCACAGCCCAGUGAACUGGUGUGGAAACACCCCCGGUGAGCUUGUUGGUAUUUUGCAGAAGGAGAGAAUUCAGAAACGAUGUGUAGGAAACAGCACGACACAAGAGAGAACAUGACCAAUCCCCCCCAACCCACACACAGACAGGAACAUAAAAAGGCAUUUCUCCACCUGGUAAGCUGCGCUUGGCAUAAGGGAGAGACAGAGUACAAAGAUGAAAACAGAAUGAGACAUCCCUUACAAGCUUUAAAAUUAUCUGCUUCAAAGCAUUUCUAAGAGGGUUAUGUUAAAUCCCCAAAAAGUUGACAGAAUUUCAUUUUACAACAGUAUGCUUUCCAGUAUUGCAAUAGGAACUUUAAUUUACUAUAUUUGUUUCCUAAAGUUGUU